CCCCAAGCCUGCCGCAUCAUUCCACGUGGAACCGUCAACUACAGCUUACCUGAAGGUGUUGAACAUCAAAGUUGCCAUCUAGGGACUUUUUCAUCCCUUGAUCAUCACUGGCUCUACUCCGAGACCGUACUCAGCCGGCAGCAAGUGCCCUGAAACACGUUUCCUCGGGCCAUAUCACCUUCAACAAUUGCGCCACCCGUGUGACGCAGCUUCACCUCCGAAGCUCAACUAUGGCUUCGUCAUAUCUCUUACAUCCGCCGAGCCACCUACCUCCGGCCACGGCGCUUCAAAACGCACAGCAGGCGCCUGCCAUCCUAGACAACUCAGCAGGCUCAAUAUCGCCGUCACUCAUUGGGUCGCUCCUCGCAGCUCCCGAGACGGCAGAGCUAUGGACCACCUAUGAGAACCUGCUUCUCUCAUGUCUGCGGACCGAGGAUGACAAGGCAGCGCACCAGUGCCUGGGCCGGCUGGUCAACCGCUUCGGCGACAAGCACGAGCGCAUCCAGGCGCUCAUCGGGCUCGUCAAGGAGGCCGAGGCCAAGGACAAGGCCACGCUCGAGAUUGUUCUCGAGGAGUAUGACCAGAUCCUCCGCGACACGCCCACCAAUAUUCCCAUAGCCAAGCGACGGGUCGGCCUGCUCAAGUCCAUGGGCAGGACACCAGACGCUGUCCUGGCCCUCAUGGCGCUCCUGGACUUUUGUCCUACCGAUGCAGAGUCCUGGGCCGAACUCUCAGACCUGUACUUUUCGCAGGGCCUCUACUCCCAGGCAAUCUUUGCCCUCGAGGAGGUCAUUGUGCUACAGCCCAACGCGUGGAAUAUCCACGCUCGGCUCGGUGAACUUCUCUACAUCUCGGGCAAGUCCGGCGCCGCGCAAGGAACCUCAUCACAGGCUUCCAGUACAUCAUCACCUGCCAGGCAACUAGCCGAGGCCAUGAAGCGUUUCUGCCGCAGCAUCGAGCUCUGCGACGACUACCUGCGGGGCUACUACGGCCUGAAGCUCGUCACAACUUUGCUCCUCAACGAGCCCUCGGUGGCAGCCCCGCUGUCGUCAAAUGCCAAGAAGCACAAUUCCAACAAUGAGGAUGACGGCUUCAACCUUCCUGACACGGCGACAAUCCAGAAGCUCGACGCCCGCGCGACGGAGAAGCUGGCUGAGAUUGUGCGACGCAAUUCCGCAAAGGAGCGCGGCUGGCUUGGGUAUGAUACCGACGAGAUCACCGCUGCUAGGGAAUUGCUGGGCGAAGCUGCGCCUGUGCCACCAAAGUAGAGCAGAUGGAGGCGUGUUCGUUAGUCUAAUGAUACAUAUGCAAGCUGUGUUGCCAUGAUGCGUGUGUGCCCACAACCAUGAAC